GCUGCUCUACGCCGCGGGGGGAGCCCUAACAGCCUGUGCUGUAAUUCCUUACACCGAAGAAGUAGUGGCAGCCACAACAAUAACACACAGCUACACCGAGAAGAACAUCUACGAAAUGUCCCGUUUUUAGCUCGGAAAUCCUAUUUUAACACAUUUAGGCAGAACUUUUCCGCGAAUAGCCCAAAUCAAAUCUGCACGGGAGGUCAAGUCAGGCGCCAUGUUGUGUUAUUAAAAGGAAAUAACAUGCUGUCGUUGUUGUGACGCGCAACCAAUAGAAGCUAACUAGCUGCAUCGUUAGCUUGUUUACAACCAGCUCGGUUUUCUCUUUAAUGUCACUGGUCUCUGGUACCUCGCGCAAACAUGGAGAGCUUAUACAAGCGGAAAAUGUUCGCGUCGAUGCGGAAAACCAAGGUGGACGCAUCAAAGAAAAGAAAAGUAAUCGGCUUGCCAGCCUCCAUCCUAGACGACAGUGACGAAGGCUCCUUCACCUCGUCCUCCUCCGGGUCCCAAUCCGACUUCCAGAGCUCCGCGGAGGAGGACAGCGGGCAGGAAGACCGGGGCCGGAGCGAUUCCGGGGCGACUUCUAGCGACGACAGCCGCUCCGUGACCCGCAAAAAGCGCUCCUUCCUGGGAGGCGAUAACAGCUCCUCGUCUUCAAGUGCCGGGGAGGAGGACACAACAGAUGAUGAGAAGGGGGACAGGAGCCAGCCGAAGAGGAUGGUGCAGCCUAAAAAGCGGAGCAGGCUGCAGCGACAGGACGAGUCGGACUCGGACCACGCGGAGGAGAAGCGGCGAGAGAAGGCGGAGGAGAAGCGGAGAGAGGAGGCUGAGAAGGAGAAGAAGAGGCAGAGACACAACAAGCUGCUGGCGCUGUCCCGGAGGAUGAAGGCCCGGGUCCCGAGCCGGAGGAGGAGCCGCCUGAAGGAGGGUGCGGGCGAUGAGGAAGAGUCCAAAGACGGCGAGGACGAGGCUGGGGGUGAUGAAGACGGAGGCGGAGGAGAAAACGGCAACGAUAAACAGGCUGAAGAAAGUGAAGAGGGAGGCAGAGAGAAGGAGAAAGAAACUAAAGAGGAGAAAGAAGAUGAUGAAGAGGAGGAGGAGGAGGAGGAAGAAGAGGAGAAGUAAAUCCACUCCGUGAUGGAGAACAGAGGACUUUGAAUGUGACAAACUAAACACUUAAACCGUCUGAAACUGACUCAUAAUAACUUAGUCUGUACAGUUUUCCCUUCUCCUGCAGCUUUUCAAUUGGAAAACAAAAUCCCCCCCCGAGAGCUGGAGUUACGAGGUUUACGAGUCAUAUCUUGUUGCUAGAGAAACAGACACUGCCGUCAAGCAACAAAAGAGAUGUGCAGAUGAUUUGGAAAGACUUGUGGACCUGUUAUGACAUGUGUUUUGUGAAGGAGGCGGAGCCUGAAAGCGGCACACGGCUUUAGAGCGAUGCUGAGGAAAAGUGGCUGAUAGAUAUGUCACUCCUGGUUCAGUGAUCAUUUUAUGUCAUGUCAGUUUUAUUUAUACGUAUAUCCCAAAGUCACUUAUCCCAGAUAGAUAUGACACCCAUGUUUCACCGGCAGCUAUUGUGUAAAACCGCUGAUAAUUUGAAGGUGGUAUUAGCUGUUGGGGCUUUGCCAUAGCUACAUAUUAUCCCUGUACGGCUAGCACAGAGAGUGUAGCCUGUUGGACUAAGUGUUAAUGCAAAACCAUGACAAUUUUUAUUUGUGUUUUUUUUUUUUUUUUUUUUUUUUACAGUAACUAGCAGCAGUGUUAAAUGUGCAGCAUGUAAGCGAUUGUAUCAUUUAUGCUAGCUAGAUGCCAGUGCAUUAUGUAAAAUUAUGCAUGGUUUUUAUUUUAUUCUAAUAUGAUUGUUUUAAAAAGCAAUUCUGUUAAAGGUG